UCCUGUGAUGGGGCAGCUGCUCGUCCGCGUGCCUCUUGCCGUAGGCGCGGUAACACGGUCAAAGCGGCGGGAGAGCGGUUCACGCGCUCACCUUUCAUUGGAGCUGUGUUUGUUGAACAUUAACUAAACAAACAGUGUGAAUUCUGUCGUAAAAACGAGACUCCACUCGGGUAAGAGUCUGCACAGGUCUCCGUAGCGCCGCUGGUUUGUCUCCCGUUGUGGUCGUGUCGCGUUUAAAGCUUUCCCCGGGAAACUGGUUUGAUUUGCGCUUAGCUCGCUGCAGCGCUCCCGCAACAAUGGCGAAGGUGCAGGUCCUGAAUGUGGCGGUGCUGGAUAACCCGAGUCCCUUCAGGAACCCCUUCCAGUUUGAGAUAACGUUCGAGUGUAUGGAGGACCUCCCCGAAGACCUGGAAUGGAAGAUUAUCUAUGUUGGAUCAGCAGAGAGUGAAGAAUAUGACCAAAUCCUUGACUCUGUCCUGGUUGGACCUGUACCUGCUGGGAGACAUAUGUUUGUAUUUCAGGCUGAUGCUCCAAACACUGGAUUGAUCCCUGAAAGUGAUGCUGUUGGUGUAACUGUGGUGCUGAUUACCUGUACAUAUCGUGGCCAGGAAUUCAUUCGCAUUGGUUACUAUGUGAACAACGAAUACACAGAUCCUGAGCUUCGUGAAAAUCCGCCAAUCAAACCAGACUACACUCAGCUUCAGAGAAAUAUUCUGGCGUCAAACCCACGUGUUACCAGGUUCCAUAUAAACUGGGAAGGCUGUGCAGAGAGAAUGGAAGACUCUGAAAAUGUGGAUCCUUCGUCAAACUCCAUGCUCCCUCCAUCCUGUCUCCCGGGCAAGGCCCCGCCCUUGGGGAUACUACCGGAUAAUUCCAUGGACUGCUUAUAGAGACAACCCAGAAGACGUAGCGAUGAUCCAAAAGGUGAUAUAUCACAGCUCGAGACCUUAUUAUUGAAGAAUGCCUGUGGACAUUCCAGUGUGGAUGUACAAACAUCUUUGCCUUAAAGCUGCACUUAUUUCAAUGAGGCUUGUUGUCACAAAUGAACUCUCACCUCCUUGGCAUCAGAUGAGGGUUUGUUCUAAGGUUCUAAGAUUUUGAACAUCUCGAAUAAUCAUCACUUAUCGCUGGGGAGUUCCUUACCAUGAUGCUGAAAGCAAUAUGGAAAUAGUUAAACUCAUGGAAGGAAAAACAGCAGCUAAGAAAUACUGCAGCUGGACUGAAACAAACAGAACGCUGUGGUGAGAUUGUUUUUUCUUCUGAUUUUGUUGGUGCAAAAUAAAUUUGUACCCAUUUAAGAGGAUUUCAGCACUGAAGCAAUAGGCAAAUAAAUUGCAAUGUGUUUCUGUACAAGAAUGGCAUUAUCUGCCAUUACGUUUGUGUUCAAAUUCCUGAAGCACUUCAAACAUUUUCCCACUUACAUUGUGGAGUUUGGGAUGGGCUUUGUGUGGGCUGUAUCACUUCAUCUGUGUUUUUUCUGUUUGCAGUUUUGUGUUCCAAAUAAAAGAACAUUGUAUUUGU